UCACCUAACAUAGUCUAUAAUAGUUUCAAUUCACCUAAUAUAGCCUAAAAACGCUUAAGUUCACCUAAAAUAGCUUAAAAUCACAUAAUGUAGCUUAAAAAGGCUUAAAUUCACCUAGAAUUGUCCAAAAUAGCCUAAAAUAGCCUAAAAUUGCUUAAUUUCACCUAAAAUUGCCUAAAUACUCACUUUUUACUUAUUGUAGAUGACUUGGCAGCCAUAUUCAGAGACGGUACUUGGUUUACUACCCGAGAUUUGUAGAUGUGAUAGAGAUAUAUGGCGCUCAGUUGUACCGUUGAUUUGCUUUGACAUUGUUGAGUACCACUACCCAAAUAAAGUGAUGCGUCAGUUUGGAUUGGAACAGUCAGUUCCCGUUGCGUGUGACACGAGUGUUGAUCUUCAUAAUGUGGAUCGACGGCAUAAAAACAAGAAGUUUGAAGAGAUGCAUCGCAAAUAUGUGGAGGAGUGGCGUGAUCGUGAGAGUCGGAUUGUUCAAGGCACUCCUUUUGCCGGUCAUCGUGAGAGGAUGAAGGAGUAUAUGGAUUGGUAUUGUAGCAUCACGAGACUCCUCAUUACUCCUGUUACACGAUCACCCCCCACCACUCAUUAUCAGCCGUCUUCCUCUGAUAUUAUUUUGUCACAUGCAUUGGCUGAUCUUGCCUCAAGAUGCACUCGAGCUGUGGAUUCUGCGUUAGAGUUACCUCCCAGUUUGGCCUUCCUCUCACUCUUGAUACGUUACGCAAUUUGAGUUCCUCUUGCAUUGAGACCUUAUCAAGAGUGGGGCAAGAACAUAUCCUCCAACAAUAUGAUUUAGCCUCGUCUCAGUGUACACCCGACACCUCCACCUCACAUGUUUCUCGAGGGCGUGGUUUUCGACCACCACGUGCACGCCCUCCACCACUUACUCCUCCUCUACGCCCUCCAGCACUUACUUCUCCACG